CAAGUCAACCUUAAUGUUCUAUUGUUGUUUAAAUUGUUUUGUUUUAAUGCAUUUUAUUUAGAUCUACACGUAACAGCAUCAACAUCAAGUGGGUGCGUACGUAACCGAUUUUAAGUUUGAAGCAGUUUUGGUAUUUGAAUAUUUCUUCGAUAUAUUUCAAUGAUAGCAGCGGUUUUAUUCACUCAAAUUCUUUUCUAUGCCGCAGCCCCAUGCGUGAUUAAAUGUUGAAAUUUAAGAACAUCAAGUGUGAAAACCGGAUUUUUGGCAUGGUUGCUACGUUUCAAGACCGUCUGCGUCCCAGAUACCUUACCUUCGACGGUUUUCUGCCGGUAAUUAUUCUGCCAUCCUUUUUGCUGGUCGCCUCGUUGAGUUUCUGGUGGACGAUCUUUUCCUUUACCACCCUUACGAUUUUCUUCGUACUCAUUUUCGCGGUUUUCAUAAAAUUAAUCCCAAAAACGAAAUUUUUCCUCACGUGGACUUUAACUUCUCUAACUCUGUUGUAUUUCAUUUUCGAGUUCGUUGUCAUACCGUUUCUCGAGAUCUUAUUAGAAGAAAAUCUCUUUUUAAGCGUCCUGAUAUUCGGCUUUGUGAUUUGCCUGUAUCUCGUAAAAUCGAGGGCGAACGAGCUAAUAUCUUAUGGCGAAGGCGACCCCGAGACCAAUAUUUUUGGAAAGGACAUUAGCAGGUUUUACACUUGCCGAAUAUGCGAUUCAAAAAUACCAGACAAAGAUCAUCACUGCAUAUGGUUUGAUUGCUGUAUCAGUAGGCAUAACCAAUGCUUAUUCAUCCUAACUCUAGUUUUUGGGAUUGCCGCGUUGCUUUAUAGUUCCAAUUUGACUCUUACUUCGGUGUGUCAUCCCUUUGAAUUUUAUAAAACUAUAUUGCUGCCGGACGAUUGCUCUGAUGUCUAUUUUCAAUUCGAGUUGGGCUUAUCUUUUGUUUCCGCUUUGUACAGUAUUUUUCUCGCAAAUUUCAUGGUAAUCAUUCUGCUCCAACAGGUCAUCCUCGUGUCGAUUGGUAUUUCUACUACGGAAUGGAGAAAAUUGCCCUGUGCGUCUAAAUUGUGCUUAGGGUUAAACGCUAAAAGGUCUUACCAUAAGGGAUUUUUUAAAAACUGGGCCCAAAUCAUAUGUUGCUUAAAGAAUUAUUAUUCCACCGCAAACAGAGUGGCAUGACCUAUUUUGACAGCGAGAGAGAUAUAUAUAUCA